AGGACCAGGACUCUGCGACUGGAAACAGACCACAUGGCGGCAUUUAGGUAUGUGUGGGACUGUUUCCUGCACAACUGCAGAAGAAAGUUCAUCCCCAGUGUCACCAUAGAUGAGCAGCUUGUGCCAUUCCGAGGCAGGUGCAAGUUACGGCAAUUCAUGCCCAGCAAGCCUGCAAAAUAUGGGAUAAAAAUCUUCUGGAUGUGCGACACAAGGGUACCUUAUGCAAUAGAUGGAAUUGUCUAUACCGGGAGACAGCCAGGAGAGGAGGUUCAGAGGAACCUUGGAGAGAAUGUCGUCCAAGAAUUGUGCAGUGGAAUCAGACAGACAGGUCGCAACAUCACAAUGGACAGCUUCUUCACCAGUGUCCCGCUGGCUGAGAAGCUCCUCGAGAAGAACCUUACCAUUGUUGGAACUCUUCGCCAGAACAAAUUGGACAUACCACCUAUCAUGAAGCCAUCCAAAUCACGGGAGAUUCAUAGUUCAGAAUUCGGAUUCAAUGGCAACAUGACCAUGGUGAGCUAUGUGCAGAAGAAGGGAAAAGCUGUUGCCCUCCUGAGCACCGUGCAUGAUGACAAAGCAGUGGAUGACAGCAGUCAGAAGAAGAAACCAGAAGUGAUCCUGUACUACAACAAAACAAAAGGAAGAGUCCACACAAUGGAUCAGAUGGUUAGCAACUACUCGUGUAAGCGGAGAACCUUGAGGUGGCCCAUGGUUCUCUGGUACAAUAUGCUAGAUGUUGCCACCCUCAAUGCCUACACCAACUUCACUGCACAACACUCUGAUUAUAUGGGUGGUGUGAACAAUGCACGCUGGCUAUUCAUCAAGGAGCUGGGCAAAGAGCUCGUCAUGCCGCAUGGAGGGCACGCCCAAACUCCAAAAGCAUAUUAUUGA